AGAAGAUGAGUUUUACCUCUCUGUGCCUAGUCGAAGUAAAGCACCUCCGACACUACUAGUAGCAGAACCUCCUGAUGUACAUACAGAAGCUACUGCAGUAGGUACUCGCACUGGUGGUCGUGAACAAUAUUAUGAAUGCUCCUCACAUCAACUACCUGUACUAGAACGAUCUAAAAAGAGUCGUUUUCACCUUCAGCAGGGUCAAGGUCAUGACCAUCAAUUUGGCUUAGGAUCCGCAGAAACCGAUGGUGCAAUAGCGUGGACAACGAGUGGUGGAAGUCGCGAAAGCGGAGCAUCAGCAUCAAGCGGAGGAUCACUAUCAGCUCUUUCCCGCUUCCUUCCAGCUUACUUUGUAAAUAAUCCCUUUGGAGCUACUUUUGGUAGUACUUCUGGAGCUUCGAG